UAAUGUAUUCGUGGUUUAAUAAAAUGUCGCUUCCAUUAUUUUUUACUGGUAUUUAUUUUCAUUUAAGUCUUAAACUGAUUAACAAUAAUUAUUGAAUUCUUCCAAUAUCUAUAAAUUUGAUUUGAAGAUGUGUGGUUCUGUGGUAACCCUUAUUUUUAUUUGUGUUUGCUCAUAGCUGUUUUGUCACUUCACUUGAAACUGACAAAUCGGUUUAUUUCUCUCGAUAAAAAAUGUAAGAGGAAAACGUUUAGGUAAAAUAGUAGUAAAUGAUCACACAACAAUCAUCCCACCCCAGAAAAUAUGACUGAUGUUCGUUAAAGCAAUAGACUAAAAGGAAUUACGAGUAAGAUGUCUGAGAAAUUAAAAAUCAUGACCAGUUCUGGGAAUGUUCCAAAUAAAAUGCGACUGUAUGCCACUUGGGUGGAUAGAACCCCUUCAAACUGUAUUCCCAGGUUGUGUUCUCUAACACUUACUAGAUUGGUGAUUCUGAAGCCUCUCGGGUCUGAAUUACAGUCUCUUUCAAUAGCUGUCAAAAUGCAAUCUACCAAACGUACACUCCGAUCACACGAACUUACUCUACCAUCAAAUGGUUUACUUGAUGCAUCCUUAGAUCUUACUUUUUGUCUGCAGUAUCCCCAUUUCUUGAAAAGAGAAGGGAAUAAGCUACAUAUUUUGCUUCAAAGAAGAAAGAGGUACAAAAACCGUACAAUGUUAGGAUAUAAAACACUUGCAGAAGGAGUAAUAAGAAUGGAUCAAGUUCUCCAAAAACAUAUGGAUUUAGAGCUUGAGUUAAUGUCUGAUAAUAAUGGAAAAGAAAAAGGUGCAGGACCUGUUGCUCGAUUGAGUGUAAUACAGUUAAGUUCUACCCCCGUUGAUCAAGAAGGGAAAACAGACCAUAAGUAUGAUUUUAGUGAUGAAGAUGAUGAAAUAAGUUCUGGAGAGGAAGAAGUAGGUGAUUUAUCUGACAGUGAACCUUUAAGAACUAAAAUACCUCAUGCUAGACAUAACCUCAAACAGAGGUUUGUAUCUCUCUUAAGAAGAUUUCGUGUGGCAGAUAGUGAAGGGGGAAGGGGUGCUGAUCUUACUAAUACAAGUGAUAUUCAGGCGUUGUUUCAAGAAUUGGAAUCUCUCAGCUGUGACGAAGAUUCAGGUGGCGAACAAGACACAAUGUCUAUAUCUAGUACUCCUAAACCAAGUCUAAGACCAUUCUUCAGUAGCAGUAAAAGUCUUCUUGACUCCAGCAGUCAAACUUUUAUAGAUACUGAUAAAUUAUUUGAUGAGAAAGCAUAUUCAGGGAGUGAUGGAAAUGCAGAGCUACUAUCUACAGAUCCUGAAAUACAAAGUGAUGCACAAACAGGUUCACCUCCUAGGGAACCAACUUCAAAAUCUGAGAAAAUUAAGAGCGCUGACAAUGAUUUCAGUAACAUCAUGCAAGAAUUGACAGAGAGGAAGGCUAAGCUGUUCCGUUCUUCCACCUCUUCGGCAAAAAAAAAGAAUUCUCUUAGUGUUUGCUCUGAUAUUCCAAUAUUUGAGACAAUAACCGCCAGAAAGACAUUUCUGGAACAGAUAUCACGCAGCUUACCGUUAGAAGAAAGUGUUCUUCCUGAAAAUAUUUUUUUACUUAGUGGACCAGAUAGUUUGAUAAAUCCUAUAUAUUCAAAGCUGGCUCAUCUCAAAGUAUUCCAGCCUAUUUCUGCAGUAGAAGUCAAGGCCAUUUUAUCCCACCUAUGCAACAAAAUCCAUAAGUAUUACAACAGCUGUUCCAAAACAGGAACCUUACCAUUCAUCAGACUGAUACUGUUAGGAGGAGAUCUUUUGGUAGGAUGGGCAGUCCGUCCAUUUGUGGAACUCCUCUCAACCAAGCCAUCAGAGUGGCUUUCAUUUCUUAGAUUGUACAUAAUACCGGUUGGAACUUGUAACAUCGCUAAGCAACUAACAUUGUUGGAUCAGGGAUAUGCUACCUUAUUUCCAACAGAUCAGGAUAUAAGGGCUGAUGAUAUAAUGCAGAAGUUGCAGAAGUAUAUUUCAGUACCACCUACAGCGCCAUUUGCUCAGUUGCCUGUUGGUGAGGUUAUGUUGACAUGCUAUGAUGAUUCCAAUCAGCACUUCAUUCCAUUUAUAAAUGAAGUUAGGGUUGGGCCGGUAGAUCCUGUCUCUGGUCUUUCAGUGGACCUUGACGAUGUUACUUGUUCUAGCCCUCCAUCGGUUCCUUCCUUGACUCCUCCCUCAUCGCCCAAUGUUCAAGUGAGGGAGCUGUGGGAACCGUUGGAACUACAAAUUGACUAUUGGCAAUUUCCCAAAGUAGGAGAAAAUGUACAAAAGACUGAGAAAGGCAAACCUGAUGGAAAAAUUUCCAUGAAGGGGCUUUUCAGAGGAAUUCAGGUGACUCCGACCUGUGUAAAUGGACUGAAUGUGGUCAUUCAAUUGGCCAACAAAGAAAAAAAACAGAAGAUAAUGAGAUUAGGAAAGAAGAAAGAAAAGGAAAAAGACGUUGAGGCCAGAAGCCAGUAUAUAGAAUACGUAUCGAGAAUGAUUUGCUCAGUACGCCCUUCUCAUAAUUCUCCCUUGAAAGUUUACGUGGACGGUGUGGAAUUCAGUGGCGUGAAAUUCUUCCAACUGAACUCCACUUGGCAAACUCAUGUCAAAUAUGUGCCUGUAGCUUUAGUAGGUGUGCCGUUAGCUAGUGCUGAAUGAGAUUAACCAAGCAAUGCUGCUAAUUCGAUAGUAUUUAUUCAUACACAGAGCUUUAAUGGUGGAGUUCCUGACUGGAUUUACUCUACCUGCUUCAUGAUUCCUCAAGUAAAUGAAGAAAUAUAAAUAUAUAUCUAUACAGAUGAUGCUGGCUAAAAAGAAUGUAUAACGCGUGCCAAUAUUGUCCUAUAAUUAUUUAUUCCAUAUGUUGGUUUUCAGUCAUACGAAGAAUUACUGAUUUUUGUUUGAUAUUUUAUCUAGUCUGUUAUAAUUUGCACUGAAAAUGCAACUCUUGAUUUAAUUCAAUAAACCGAAACGUCAUCUAUUUCAUAGAGGUUUUUAUUGAAAAUAA